CAUUUUUGGCUGCAGUGUUAACCGCACAGAAUCUGUGUAAAGUUCCGCGUUUAUAGUUUGCCUCUCCGACGUUAUGAUAUUAAUGUGCGAUUGAUUAUGGCAAUAGUACCGUUAUUUUUUUUGUAUCAGCUUUUGUUGUAAAUGUGUCCUUUGAAGAGUUUCAGGGUCCAUAAACGUUCGUCAAAAUUGUGAUAUAUGCGUUGAACAAGUCCAAUGACCAGUAAGAGUGGUAGUAACAUUGUAGUUGAGUGGCUCAGGUCACUUCAAUUAGGCCAAUACUCUGAUUCAUUUUUGGAUAAUGGUUAUGAUGACUUAGAAAUUUGCAAACAAGUUGGUGAUCCCGACUUGGAUGCUAUUGGUGUGUUCAAUCCUUCUCACCGUAAUAGACUACUGCAAUCUGUACGUACUCUACGCGAGGAAGGUGCAGCUAGUGUUUAUUUCACUUUAGAAGAGUCUGCUGCUAUUCAAGAAGAGUGUAAAUAUGGUACAAACAAAAAAAGUGUUCCCAGUCCAGCACAGUCAUCUAGUAGUAGUAACCAAGAGUUACAACAAGUUCAUUACGAUGAGUAUGAAGAAGGUAAAGCAGAAUUAGUGAGGAUACCAAAACUUCAGUUAAAAUUAUUACUUAAAGAUAAACUAUUACAAGAUGGUAUCAGAUUAAGCUCACAGCCAUAUACAACUCAGAAUGGCGAAAGAGGCUAUUUGGAAGGCUUGGCAUCGCGUUAUGCUGACUUAUACAAUACUCACUACCGCGAUAUUUUGGAGUACCUUGACGAACUACGGGCUACCGAUUGGGCUGAGUUAUCUCCAAGGAUCACUUUACUUGCACCUUCAUCCCCAUCGCGUUCGCCGUCUAAUAUAACUAUCGGCAACAAUCCAUACUCUCAUCACUUGUACGCGCCUGGAAAAUACUCGCCGUCUAGCUGUUUGAGUGAUCGUGAAGAAGACGAGAUAUAUGGACUAACGACGGCCGAACGACGUUUUCCACCAGCUGCUAAUCGACAACCCGUUCACAUGGCUACUACCAUGCGACAACAAUACUGUACACAAAAACCUUGCCUAAGUCCAAGGUCAGCAUACUUCUACGAAUUUCCUCCUGCGGAUCGGCCCGGCAAAAAGAAGAUUACUCUUACGCGGUUUUUGCGGAAUUUCAAAACGCAUAGAAGAGACAAGACGAGAAGCCAGCAAAACGUGUCUUCUUGUACCAGUAGGGCCAACACUCCUGAUUGUUUAGGCAUGACAAUGAUGGAUAACAGAAACCGUUGUAUACCCAUGUCGGCGGCCUCCAGUAACAUUGGACUUAGUCAUCAAGCCGGUGGUUUUGAAGAAACAAUUCACCGUCUGAAAGUCGAAGAAGCCAUGGUAAAGAAGGAACGGUUCGACCGGGAACACGAAGACAUACUUAGGGAAAUCAGACACGGUUUAAUGAGGUAUGGCAACGGUACACACAAAAUGAGAAAUGGUGUCAAUAUUGUAAGUGCAGGAGGUGAUGAAACCUACAUGUAUGACGACGAAAUGUUGCGACAUUGGUACGAUGAACCUCCCUACGAAUCCGACCCCGAAGAGCUCCUCAUGGAACACGCCAAUAAUAGAGUGUAUUAUGGAUACACCAAACACAAACCACCAAAGACUAAAAAUUCUGGAUCAAUUAUCUCUUUGCCAAGUGCUGGUGACAUUUCGUUGUCGGGCUAUGGUCAACGACAGACAGGUCUUUUGUUACCUGCUUCCGGUACCGGACAGCCUACUAUCAUUCCAUUGAAGAGACAAAACAGAGAGAGUGGAGACUAUGCGGCGUCAGAUAUCCAGAGCGUUUGCUCAAGAAUGUCGUCACUAUCUGUUGAAACUAACCGAUCAGAUUAUGAUUCAGAACUUUACCAAAGACUCAGAACAAAUGGGUUAAAUAAAUUAGUGUCGCCUAGUCACAGUUCAGAUUAUGCUGAUCAAGAUGAUUCAAUUCAGUUGGCAUCAGUAAGGCGUCAUAGUAAACGACAACAUCGAUCAAAAAUAUCAAACAAACACUAUAAACAAAAUCAAAGAUCACAUCGCCAUCACAGUUCAGCUGAAAGUUUACCUAGUACUUCCAGUAUACAAGCAUUAAUGGGUGGAGCUUCACAAAGUUCUGAAGAAUCCCCUAGUUCUUGUGACGGAACUCAAAAUGUUCAGGUGCUGGCAUUAGCUAGAGCUAUUACCAAUAGUAGUCCAAAUUCCUAUGACAGAGAUGCCUUAAUAUAUAAUAAAGGAGAUGUUAUACUAGUAACUACUAUGAAUGCCAGUGGGAUUUGGAAAGGUAUGGUUAAAGGCUGUGAUAGAAUAGGUACAUUUAAAUUUGUUAAUGUUCAACCAUUAGUUAAUGAAAGUAAUGGACUGGAAAAAAACAAGCAACAAAAAACUGUUAAACAUAGGCCAAAAUCAUUACUUCAACUGUUACGAACUAUAGGAAUGGAGGAACAAAUGUCUGUAUUUGCAAUGAAUGGCUUUGGUGAUCUUCAAUCAUUUUGUGAAAUUCGAGAAGUUGAUCUUGACUAUAUGGGUAUAAUGGCACCUGAACAAAGGGCUAAAAUAUUAGCGGCUGUACAAGUUAUGCACGAUUAUCAAUCUCCAGAGGAUGAUUCCAGUAGCACCGAGGAAAAUAGAACUGACCCAAGCUGUGAUGGUUCACAAGAAAGUUGCAAUCGAUUGACAUCAAAAAGUUCCAAAACAACGCUCAGUACCAAACAGCACCUCAAUAAUGACAAUGAAGACACAACAUUAUUAUCUUCACCAGAGUACAAUAAAAAAACACAAAAAAGUGUUAAAGAGCGACAGCAGUUUGCAGAGUCAUCAAGCACUAAUGCAACUGCUAAAUUAAAUUCAUGCACAUCCAGUGAAAAGUCAUCAGAUUCUGGAGUCAGCUCAAGUUCAUCUGUGUGUUUCGGAAAUGUCAAUAGAAUAAAAAGAAAUGGUGAACUUGCCAAUGGACAAAAUAGUUUCGGGGGGCAUUUAGUACAAAAUAUCAAGGACUGACAGUUUUUUAGCCGGAUCAGCUGAAUCCAAAGGCUGCGCCCAGAUAUCUUAUAAUUGAAGUGAUUAAAGAAUCUGGGUGACUAAAAUAAUUUAUUAUAUUUGGGCAUUAGCUUAAUAUAAAUUGUUUAACUAAAAAAUCAAAAUAUAAUGUUGCUAUUUUAAUUUAAACAGAAUGAUUAUUUUAUAAAAAUUCUUUAUUCAUAAAAUGAAUAAAAUUUAUAUAAAAAAAUUUGUUUAAAAAACUCUUGUAAUUUUGUAUAACUUUCAAUUUAGACUUGCUUAAAAUAUAAAUGUUUUCAUUUUACUUAUUAGUCAAUCUGUUGUAUACUUUUUCUUAUUUGUUACCAAGUUAUAAAUACAUAUAACUAAUCUUAUUGCAUUUUA